CGUCACACCUAAAUGAAAGCCUUGGCUCUAGCUGUUGCACGCAAUUUGACUGCGCUCAUAGACUGCGUGUAAUAAUUAUCUUGACAAUUGUAUUCAUUAUUUGAUUUCGAGUCAAGAUGGCAACAGAAGGUACUAUUGUUCAAGAUGCCGGCGAAACUUGUACCGCUGAAAGUGGGGGGAAUGGGCCACACCUUGAGAUUGAGUUAACUACACUAAACGGCACAACAUCAGCGACUGACGUACCCACACAGGUAGCGAGUACUCACGGGGAGGAAGAGCAGGAGACAUCCUUGGAGACACCACUUGGGAGUCGUGAGGCACAAGAAGAGCCAUCAUGCUCGGACGCCGCUGCAGACUCGGCACAGCUGAGCGACACUACCUCCAAUGGACCGUUGUUGAGGGUGACGGGACCAGACAGCGUCGACAUCAGCCCCGCUAGUUCCAACGAAUCCAUUGUCUGCAGAAUAUGCCAACUCUCUCAAAAGGAAACAGGAGAACCCAUGACGGCAACAUCAUGUGACUGUCGAGGUGGGCUGGAGUCUGUGCACAGGUCCUGCCUCAUACAGUGGGUCACCUACAAGCGCAACAACAAGUGCGAGCUAUGCGGAGUUGUCUUCCCUAGUGUGUCCCCUCCGCCAAGGACAACGUCCAUGGAAAGACAACAGAGGCGGAUAGAAGCAGUAUAUCAGCAAUAUUCCCAACUCCGGCCAAUGACUCGUCGCAAAAGGGCGUUCCUAGGUUCCCUCUCUCUCUUCCUCGUCAUUACGACGUCGGCGACGGGCAUCCUCACCGUCAGCACAGAGCGAGAGUUCCACCGCAUUGACCUUGACCCUUGGAGCACCGGUCAAGCCCGGAUGGACUCCUACAUAACGUUUUCCAUUUGCUUGUCCUUCCUUCUGUUCUGCGCGACCUUGACCGUUGGGGUGCUGUUGGUCUGGCUGGCACUUGAAGGCAGCUACUUCCGGCGAAGACAACGGUUCUACGCCUUUGCCAAUCGCCUCGCUCAGCAAGAGAGCGCACUCGGAAUGUAUACUCAGUAUGUUUAGAAUGUUAAGUGUGUUCAACUGGAAAGAAGUACUUUACGAUGGUGAUAUAUUUUGAUCAAGUACACAUGUAAUUCUUUUGUAAAUAACUUGAUAUGCUUUUUUUUUUUUUUCAAUAAUCAGAUGGUUGUACAUUGUAGUGGUUAACUGUAGAGGUUCCGUGUAGUUUCCAUGUUACUAAAUUCUGUCGGAAAAGAGAUAACGAGAGGGCAUAUUGGUAGUUUUGUAACUCUCGAUCCUUGUAUUAAAAGUUCAACUUCGAAUUCAGGCCAGGUGUGCAAUAACUUGGCUGUUAAUAUGUUUCAGAAACUUCAUUCAAUUGUUGUUAGACCUCAAAAUUGGUAUGAAAGGAUAUUUUCAAACUUCUUACACGGCGCAGGUAAUCAUAAUGAAAAUUUCUAAGUUGUCAUCUACUGCUCUCUUCACUGAGAUAGACUGUAAUAAACGCGCUGUUACACAUGUCA